AUGGCGCUCCUCUCCAACUGGCGCGGCUCCGCCGUCGAGCUCAAGGGCCACAGAGAGCACAACAAGGACCGGCACAACCAGUGGAACGUGGACAACCUCCCGGACGCGGCGCGGCGGAUCGUCGAAGGCGACCGCGACUCGCCGUCGUGGAGGCAGAAGCUCCAAGCCUUGGAGGGCGUCCUGUGCUUUGACGACCCGGGCGCGAUGGACAUGGACGCGUUGGGAUACGGCGCCAUCUACCUCUUCUGGGUCGGCGUCGGCGCCAUCGCGUGCGUCGAGGACGGCGGGCACUACCGCCCGAACCACCACGCGAAGGCGGCGCAGCACAUGUACGAGAGCAUCGAGCGCGUGGAGAAGCACCACGCCGGGAACGGGCACGUCAGGGCGCUCGUCAGGCGUCUGCACCCGCGUCUGCCCGCGUUCACCGCGGAGUUUACGCAGCAGGUUCCGCUGACGCGCAUUCGAGACAUCGCGCACGGAAAGGGCGACCGCGACGGGAAGUGCCGCGACGUCCGCGCGGAGAUCAAGCACACGAUCCAGAACAAGCUGCAUCGAUGCGCGGGUCCGGAGGAUCUCGUCGCGACGGAGGCGAUGCUCGCGAAGCUCACCGCGCCGGGGACGGACUACCCGGAGGAGUUCAUCGAAGAGUUUCGCAUCUUUCACCGCGAGUUGAAGGAUUUCUUCAACGCGUCCACGGUGACGGACCGCCUGGAUAAGCUCCAGAACGAAGGGCCCGUCCCCGGGGAGGUCUCGAACGCGUGCAACGCGUUCGUGACCGCGAAGUACGCCGUCGACGCGCUCGGCGCGAACGCGGACGGCGGCGUCCUCCUCGCGGCUUUGGAAGACGCGCUCGUCCAGCUGUGCGCGGCGCGACGCGUCAUCGACCGCGAAGUCACCGACGGCGGAUUAUCCAGCGGGUCCGCGGACCAGCGCCAGCAGUGGAGGCUCGCGGAGAUUGGCCUCGAGGACUACGCGUUCGUGCUCCUGUCGCGCGGGAUCAACGCCCUCGGCGCUGAGAGCGACCCGCCGAAGAGCGAGAUGAACGGCCAAGAGAUGCGCGCGGCGUUGAAAUUCCUCGCCGCGGCGUCGGACGCGUGCGCGCUCUCCGCCGGCGGCGGUAACGGCGAAGAGUUCGCGCACAUCGCGCACGAGGCAAACGAGUUAGCGACCGCGGGUCCGGACGGGACGCCGCCGACCGGGGAGGACGGCGCGCUGCGUGUUCGCGCGGUCGCGGAGAGGGCGCGCAGAGCGGCGGAGGAUUACUGCGCGCUCUUGUCGGAGCUCUUCGACGGACGCGCGGAAACGCUGGGAUCGUCGCUGGGGAUCGACCGCGGGACGAUCGAGGUCUUCACCGAGGGCCAGAUCCGCGCGUCGGUCGUGUUCCAGUCCGCGAAGCUCGCGUCGCACUUGUUACGCGCCGCGAGGAAGGCGACCGGGGAGGCGGGGUGGGACUGCCUCGUCCCCGGCGAGGUCGUCGGCGCGAAGCUCGUCCCGGUUCGAAGACUGGACCCGACGGACCCGGCGAUCGCGGCGCUCACCGCGGCGAACCCCGCGGUGCUGCUCGUGCAAGCCGCGGACGGGGACGAGGAGGUCUCCACCUGCGGCCCCGGCGUCGCGGGCAUCCUCCUGUGCCACGCGCUGCCGCAUUUAUCCCACCUCGCGUUGAGAGCGCGGCAGGCCAAGGUGCCGCUCGUCGCGAUCGAAGACGCGGGACUGGUGAACCACGCGCUGUCGCUGCAGUCCGCCCCGGGGGUGAAAUUCGUCGCGCAGCCGUCGAACAUCUCCUUGGACGCGGACGAGGGCGGGUACGUCGCCCCGGGCGGCGUCGGCCUCGGCGGCGUCGUCGACGCGGCGGUCGCGGCGGCGCCCGCGGCGGCGCUCGUCGCCGAUUUCGGGCGCGCCGGGCACGUGUUACCGCUCGCGAACCUCGGUCAGUUGCCGUGGGACGAAGGCGUCGGCCAGUGCGGCUCGAAAGCGACGUCGUGCGCGGUCCUCUCCGCGCUCGCGUUAGACCCGAACGCGGGGUUCAACGCCCCGCCCGGGGCGGUUAUUCCGUUUGGUUCCAUGGAGCACGCCGCGCUCGCGAUGGGCGUCGGCGACCGCCUCAAGGCGCUCAUCGACCGCCUCGAGCAGGUCGUGAACGACCCGUCCGAGACCGCGGCCGCGUGCGUGGAAUGCCAGGCCCUCGUGAAGCAGCUCCGGCCGUCGAACGAGGCGAUGCACGCGCUGUCGCAGUCGUUCGCCCCCGGCGCGAAGGUGAUGGUCAGAUCCUCCGGCAACGCGGAGGACCUCGCCGGGCUCUCCGCCGCGGGACUGUACGACUCCGUGUCCAACGUCGACCCGUCGCGGAUCGACGUGCUCGGACAAGCCGUCGCGGACGUGUGGGCGUCGCUUUACACCCCGCGCGCCGUGGGUUCGCGCGCCGCCGCCGGCGUCGGGCAGCGCGGCGCCGCGAUGGCGGUUCUCGUGCAGCAGAUGCUCGUCCCUGAGGUUUCGUUCAUCCUCAUGACGCGGCACCCGAUGACGAACGACCCGAACGUCGCGUACGCGGAGCUCGCGCUCGGGCACGGCGAGACGCUCGCGUCCGGGUCCGUGCGAGGCACGCCGUGGCGCGUGUCCAUGGACCGGCAGAACCCGGGAUCGGCGCAGGUGCACGCGGUGUCGUCGUUUGGAUCGGCGCUCGUGCCGGACGUCGACGGCGACGGCACGCUGAAAUCGGCGACCGUGAACUGUGCGUCGCACUGGCUCACGGUGGACGACCAAAAGCGCGCGCAGCUCGCGGGGAGGCUCGUGAACGCGGGCGGGUUCAUCGAAUCUCGGCUCGGCGGGAACGCGGGGCCGGGGGGGAGCCCGCUGCCGCAGGACGUCGAGGGGUGCCUCACCCCGGACGGCGCGUUGUGGAUCGUGCAAGCGCGACCUCAGCCGUAA